AUGUUCACCACCUAUUUUAAGGCAUUGACCGAUACGCUACUGGGCGGUCAAUCAACGGAAAAUGCUAAUCGAACCCAGCAUUCUGAAACCUCUACUUCUCGACUAUCAGACGAUUCAACCCGAAGCCUGACUAGACGCACCGUUUCUGCCGCGGAUCUGACGAUUCGCAUGAAAAGGGCUUCACCUCAAGCUAUUGAAACUGAAAAACCGAACAAGACUCCUAGGAGGUCUCUACCAAUUAAUGCUUCUGUCCUUUCUACAGCAUUUCAAGCCACCCCGAAACUUGCGGCUACAAGAAUUCCGGUGAAUCAGCAAACUUCAAAAAUGCCGAGGACGAAAUCGGCUUCUGCCUUGCGACCACAACCUGAAAACUCCGUGUUCAACAUGACCCCCGAGCCGAACAGCUCCCUUCUCAAUAGCACUAAAGGUAGCAGAAUCGGGCUACCGCUCGCCAGUUCAACCCCGAAAUCGGACAAGGGAUCGAGAUCCCUAACCCGACAAUCAGCAUGCGAUUGGAGCUUCCAGUCGACACCGGUUUUUGGGCACACCACAAAAACAUCCGAGACUAUGAAAACACCGGCCCCGGCUAAGACUUCAAUCCAAUGGCACGAUACCCCGCCCGUUACCCCGGAAUUUUCCGUUAUUCCGGAAGUGCUCCCGGAACAGGAAAAUCAGCCUGAUACAGUCGAAAAAUUCAACGAACGCCGGGUGCACAGAUAUUCGAACAGGCCGGCGUUCACCGACGUCGAGGCGAAAGAAACUUUGCUAUGGCUUGAGGGCCUCAAGCAAAACGACCCGACAAAAUUGCGAACUGUCAUUGAGGAACUUGGUCUGGAGCCAAAAACCUGGGGUCGACGGCUUCAAAACAAAGACACCCAAAAGAAGCUGUGGAAAAUCCGGCUCCGCGAGCUGCUCGUCGGCGAAAAAUACUCAAAAUCACUAGAAGAAUUCAUUCAGGGAAAUCGGUUCAUCGAGGAUCAAGGAGAAAAGAUAGAUGACAAGUACUUCCGGUCGGUGAUGAAGGCGGGAGGUUGUAUCCGGUUCUACAAUUAUAUCCUAGUCGAUUCCACUGAAUUGCCGAAGAAUCAAACUAUUUCUGAGAUCAGCCUCGAAGAAUUCGUGAAUGCCGUUUUCUACGUGGGAAAAGGCACUGAUAAUCGAGCAAUUCAACACCUACGAGAUGCCGUCCACUUUGAUGGACCGAAAAAUGUUACAGACGGGAAAUUGAGCAACGCCUCCAAGCUAUGGCACAUCAACAACAUUUGGGACAACAAGGGUGCGGUGUAUGUGUUGAGGGUAUUUAACGAGGCCCCAGAAAACAUCUCCCAUCUCCGUGAAGAGGCCAUGAUCACCGCGUUUAAUGUGAAAAAUUUGACAAAUGAUGUGCGAGGCCACCAACUUCGCGGCCAACUCCGCGGCUACACCGACGAGAUGUUGGCGAUUCAUGGGACUUUUUUGAUAAUUCGCGCGCAUAAAGUGUUUUGCAACAAUCUACCCCCACCAAUCCGGCGGCAAAACCUGCUCGACAUGAUCCCGAUGACGAUGGGCGAUGUGCCGUUAAAAUUUAUGGAUGCGAAGAUU